AAUAUGUCCUCACCUUUUCUUUUUAGUUUGGUUACCUUAUUGACACUUGCUGAAUUAGAUGGUGAAGCCGGGGGACUUCAGCUGCAGCAACAAAACAGAAACACUGAUCUCCAACAGCCUCGGAUGGCUACAGAGAGGGGAAAUUUAGUGUUUCUUACAGGGUCAUCCCAAAACAUUGAAUUUAGAACUGGAUCCCUGGGAAAAAUUAAAUUAAAUGAUGAAGACCUCAGUGAAUGUUUGCAUCAGAUCCAGGAAAACAAAGACGAUAUUACAGAUUUAAAAAGGCAUGCAAUUGAUCUGCCUCAAAAUAUAUCUAGUCAAAUCCAUCAGCUUAACUCCAAGCUUGGGGAUCUUGAGAGAAAACUUCAAGACUUACAGCAGACAGUUGAAAAAAAAGCUUGCAUCAGCAAUCCCUGCCAAAAUGGUGGAACCUGCCUCAAUCUGCAUGACUCCUUUUUUUGUAUCUGUCCCUCACAGUGGAAGGGUCAUCUCUGCUCAGAUGAUGUUAACGAAUGUGAGAUUUACUCAGGAACACCCUUGAGCUGCCAGAAUGGAGCCACCUGUAUGAAUACAUUGGGGAGUUACAGUUGUCACUGCACGCCUGACACAUACGGACCCCAGUGUGCAUCCAAAUACAACGACUGCGAAGGGGGCUCUAAAGAGCACUGCGUCCACGGCAUCUGCGAGGAUUUAGUCCGAGAGCAAGUGGGAGAGCCGAAGUACAGCUGCAUCUGCGACGCCGGGUGGACGUCCCCACCGAACAGCUCCGCCUGCACACUGGAUAGGGACGAGUGCAGCCUGCAGCCUGCGCCCUGUUCCGCGCUUGCGCAGUGCUUCAACACCCAGGGCUCGUUCUACUGUGGGGCCUGUCCGACAGGCUGGCAAGGAAAUGGAUACAUUUGCGAAGAUAUCGAUGAAUGUGAGAUAAACAAUGGCGGCUGUUCUGUGGUUCCAACUGUUGAGUGUGUGAAUACACCUGGAUCUUACAGUUGUCAGCCCUGUCCACCAGGGUACCAGGGCGAUGGCAGAGUGUGCACACUCAUAGACAUCUGCUCGGUCAACAAUGGAGGCUGCCACCCAGAAGCUUCGUGCUCCUCGGCUCUAGGUUCCUUGCCUGUCUGCACAUGUCUCCCAGGAUACACUGGAAACGGUUAUGGGCCGAAUGGCUGUGUACAACUCAGUAAUAUGUGCCUAAGUCAACCCUGUUUAAAUGGAGAAUGCAUCGAAACAGUCUCUGGGUAUUUGUGUAAGUGUGACUCAGGUUGGGCUGGUGUCAACUGCACAGAAAACAUCAAUGAGUGUUUGAGCAACCCCUGUUUGAAUGGAGGAACUUGUGUUGAUGGCAUUAAUUCUUUCAGUUGUGAAUGCACACGUUUCUGGACUGGAGCUCUGUGUCAGAUUCCCCAGCAAGUUUGUGGAGGUUCCCUCUCAGGAAUAAAUGGAAGCUUCAGCUACAGGAGCCCUGAUAUUGGUUAUAUUCAUGACGUUAACUGCUUCUGGGUUGUCCAAACGGAAAUGAGAAAGGUCCUGCGCAUCACUUUCACUUUUUUCCAACUAGAAUCGGUGAAUAAUUGUCCACAUGAGUUUCUUCAGAUUUAUGAUGGAGAUUCUUCUGCGGCUUUUCAUCUUGGGAGAUUUUGUGGCUCCAGCCCCCCUCAUGAACUCAUCAGCAGUGACAGCGCUCUCUACUUUCAUUUCUACUCUGAACAUUUAAGAAACCAGAGGGGUUUCACAGUAAGAUGGGAGACGCAGCAACCAGAGUGUGGAGGUAUACUGCAUGGUACUUACGGUUCUAUAACAUCUCCGGGGUAUCCUGGAAACUACCCCGCAGGAAGAGAUUGUGUCUGGUUUGUUAUAACCAGUCCUACCCUCCUGAUAACAUUUACUUUUGGGACCUUGAGCCUGGAGCACCAUGAUAAUUGCAGCAAAGAUUAUCUUGAGAUUCGAGAUGGUCCUUUGCGUCAAGACCCCGUUCUGGGAAAGUUCUGCACCACUCUCUCUGUCCCACCGCUCCAGACCACAGGGCCCUUUGCCAGGGUUCAUUUCCAUUCUGACACCGAGAUUAGCGACCGAGGCUUCCAUAUCACCUACUUAACAUCACCUUUGGAUCUGCCUUGUGGAGGGAACUACACAGAACCAGAGGGUGAAAUAUUCCUUCCGGAGCUGACUGGACCUUUCAGUCACAGCAGGCAAUGCAUCUAUAGCAUAAGGCAGCCUCAGGGAGAACAAAUACAAGUUAACUUCACCCACGUGCAGCUGGAAAGCCAGAGUGGCUGUUCCCAGAGUUACAUUGAGGUUCGAGAUCAUGAAACCUUAGUUGGAAAAGUCUGUGACAAUGGAACCAUCUCUCACAUUAAAUCCAUUACCAAUCAUAUCUGGAUCAGGUUUAAAAUAGAUGCUUUUGUUGAAAAAGCUACUUUCAGAGCUGUUUAUCAAGUUGCUUGUGGGGGUGAAUUAACUGGAGAAGGUGUCAUUCACUCGCCUUUUUAUCCCAAUGUGUAUCCGGGAGAAAGAGUCUGUAGGUGGACCAUCCACCAGCCCCAAGGCCAAGUAGUUCUUCUCAAUUUCACUGGCUUUGAAAUUGGAAGUUCUGCCCACUGUGAUACAGAUUAUAUUGAGAUUGGUAGCAGUUUCAUUUUGGAUUCUCCUGAAAAUAAAAAGUAUUGUGGCACAGACACACCUUCAUUUAUAACAUCCGUGUACAAUUUUCUUUAUGUCACAUUCGUGAAAAGUUCUUCUACUGAAAAUCAUGGUUUCAUGGCUAAGUUUGGUACUGAGUAUUUGGCAUGUGGAAAAAUUCUUACAGAGUCAACAGGAAUCAUUCAAAGCCCUGGCCAUCCAAAUAUCUACCCUCAGGGUAUCAACUGUACCUGGCAUAUAUUAGUCCAACCUAACCACUUGAUUCGUUUGAUGUUCCAAACAUUUCAUUUGGAAUUUCAUUAUAAUUGCACAAAUGACUACCUGGAAGUUUAUGACACUGACUCUGAGACAUCUCUUGGGAGAUAUUGUGGAAAAUCAGUCCCACCUUCUCUUACAAGCAGUGGCAAUUCACUGAUGCUGAUAUUUGUGGCUGACUCUGAUCUCGCUUAUGAAGGCUUUUUAAUAAACUACGAAGCAAUCAGUGCAUCAACAGCAUGUUUAGAAGACUACACAGGUGAUUUUGGGACAUUAACUUCUCGAAACUUCCCCAAUAAUUACCCCAACAACUGGGAAUGCAUUUAUAGGAUCACAGUGAAAAGCAGCCAACAGAUUGCAUUGCACUUCACAAACUUCUCCUUGGAGGAAGACAUUGGUGGAAAAUGUUUGUCAGAUUUUUUGGAAAUCAAAGAUGGAGGCUAUGAAACUUCACCAUCUCUAGGAAUAUACUGUGGCUCAAAUCUACCUCCAAGAAUUAUCUCUCAUAGUAACAAAUUAUGGUUAAAAUUUAAGAGUGAUGUAAUUUUCUCAAGCUCUGGAUUCUCAGCUUACUGGGAUGGAUCAUCAACAGGUUGUGGGGGCAAUCUCACCUCUUCCAGAGGCACAUUCACCUCUCCCAACUACCCGAUGCCCUACUACCACAGCUCUGAGUGCUACUGGUGGCUGAAGGCCAGCCAUGGCAGCCCAUUCGAACUGGAGUUCAAAGACUUCCACUUGGAGCACCAUCCAAACUGCACUUUAGAUUACCUGGCUGUAUAUGAUGGCCCAAGUACCAGCUCCCAUCUGUUAACUCAGCUUUGUGGGGAUGAGAAUCCACCUCUUAUACGUUCUAGUGGAGACAGCAUGUUUUUAAAACUGAGGACAGAUGAAGGGCAACAAGGACGUGGCUUCGAGGCUGAAUACUGGCAGACAUGUGAGAAUGUGUUAAUAGUCAAUCAAACCUACGGCACCUUGGAGAGUAUAAGUUACCCGAAUCCUUAUUCCACCAAUCAGCGUUGCAACUGGACUAUCCGUGCAACAACUGGCAAUACUGUGAACUACACGUUUGUAGCAUUUGAAUUGGAAUAUCACACAAACUGCUCCACAGACUAUUUAGAGCUCUACGAUGGAGCACGGCGGAUGGGGCGCUACUGUGGGGCGAGUCUGCCCCCUCCAGGGAGUACCACAGGCUCCCAGCUUCAAGUGCUGUUCCACACCGACGGGGUUGGCCACCACGAGAAAGGGUUUCAGAUGCUGUGGUUCAUUCAUGGUUGUGGAGGGGAGCUGUCCGGAGCCACGGGCGUCUUCAGCAGCCCCGGGUAUCCCAGCAGGUAUCCCCCCAACAAGGAGUGUAUCUGGUACCUUAAGACCACCCCCGGGAGCAGCAUUCAGCUCACCAUCCAUGACUUCGAUGUGGAGUAUCAUGCAAGAUGCAACUUUGAUGUCCUGGAGAUCUAUGCAGGCCCUGAUUUCCACUCUCCCAGAAUAGCCCAGUUGUGUGUGCAGCGCUCAUCAUCGGAGAACCCCAUGCAGGUCUCCAGCACUGGCAACGAGCUCGCAAUCCGAUUUAAGACCGACAGCUCUGUAAAUGGGAGAGGCUUCAACGCCUCAUGGCAAGAGGUCCCUGGAGGUUGUGGUGGGAUUUUCCAGGCUCCCAGUGGAGAGAUUCAUUCUCCAAGUUACCCCAGUCCUUAUAGGAGUAACACUGACUGCUCCUGGCUUAUUCGGGUUGACAGAAAUCACCGUAUUCUCUUGAACUUCACUGACUUUGACCUUGAACCUCAAGACUCUUGUAUUAUGGCGUAUGAUGGUUUCAGCUCCAGAACCACCCGCCUUGUGAGGACAUGUGGAAGACAGCAGCUGGCUAACCCCAUCACCUCUUCGGGAAACAGCCUCUUUGUGAGAUUUCAGUCUGGCGCUUCCAGACAAAGCAGGGGCUUCCGAGCUCAAUUCAGGCAAGCCUGCGGGGGCCACAUCCUCACCAGCUCUUCUGAUACCAUUUCCUCUCCAUUGUUCCCUGCCAAGUACCCACACAAUCAGAACUGCAGCUGGAUCAUUGAAGCUCAACCUCCAUUCAAUCAUAUUACCCUCUCCUUUACCCACUUUGGACUUGAAGGCAGCACAACCUGUGCACACGACUUUGUAGAAAUUCUGGAUGGCAACCACAAUGACGCGCCCCUCCGAGGCCGUUACUGUGGCACUUCCAUGCCCCACCCUGUCACGUCCUUCGGCAGUGCCCUGACGCUGAAGUUUGUCUCUGACUCUAUAGUGAAUUCUGAUGGUUUCCACGCUACGUAUGCUGCGUCAUCGUCAGCUUGUGGUGGAACCUUCUACAUGGCUGAAGGCAUCUUCGACAGCCCUUCCUACCCAGAAGUUUAUCCCCCGAAUGUGGAAUGUGUCUGGAACAUAGUCAGUUCCCCUGGCAACCGGCUCCAGCUGUCUUUCAUAUCUUUCCAGUUGGAAGACUCUCAAGACUGUAGCAGAGAUUUUGUGGAGAUCCGAGAAGGAAAUGCCACAGGUCACCUGGUGGGACGAUACUGUGGACACGCCCUCCCUCUCAACUAUUCAUCCAUCCUUGGGCACAGCCUGUGGGUCAGAUUUGUGUCAGAUGGCUCAGGCAGCGGCACAGGCUUCCAGGCCACCUUUGCUAAAAUAUUUGGCAAUGAUAAUAUUGUGGGAACUCAUGGGAAAAUUGCCUCUCCUUUCUGGCCUGGAAAUUACCCCCAUAACUCCAAUUACCAGUGGAUAGUGAAUGUGAAUGCGUCUCAGGUUGUCCACGGUAGGAUCUUGGAGAUGGACAUUGAAGCAAUACAAAACUGCCACUAUGACAAAUUAAGGAUUUAUGAUGGGGUUGGCAUUCAUUCCCGUCUAAUUGGAACUUACUGUGGUACUCAGACUGAAUCUUUUAGCUCCACUAGAAAUUCUUUGACGUUUCAGUUUUCUUCUGACUAUUCAGUAUCAGGGAAUGGAUUCCUUCUGGAGUGGUUUGCAGUGGACGCUCCUGUGGGACCUUUACCUACCAUUGCUCCAGGUGCCUGUGGUGGAUUCCUGAGGACAGGGGACGAGCCAGUCUUUCUUUUCUCCCCGGGCUGGCCCGGCACAUACAGUAAUAAUGCCGAGUGUAGCUGGCUCAUCCAGGCUCCGGAUUCUACUGUGGAACUCAACAUCCUUUCCGUGGACAUCGAAUCUCACCGAGCAUGUGGCUACGAUAGCCUCGUGAUAAGAGACGGAGACAACAACAUGGCCCCACAGCUGGCAGUUCUCUGCGGCAGAGAGAUCCCUGGGCCCAUUCGGUCUACCGGAGAAUACAUGUUCAUCCGCUUCACCUCUGACAUCAGUAUAACCGGGGCAGGCUUCAAUGCAUCCUUUCACAAGAGCUGUGGUGGAUAUUUGCAUGCAGACAGAGGGAUUAUCACAUCCCCCAAGUACCCGGAGACCUACACGCCCAACCUCAACUGCUCUUGGCACAUCCUGGUCCAAAGUGGUCUGACCAUUGCUGUGCAUUUCGAACAGCCCUUCCAGAUCCCAAAUGGAGAUUCUUCGUGCAACCAGGGGGAUUACUUGGUGCUAAAAAAUGGGCCUGAUAUCUACUCUCCACCCUUGGCGUCCCCUGGAGGAAACGGUCAUUUCUGCGGCAGUCACCCUCCCUCAAGUCUGUUCACCUCAGACAAUGAAAUGUUUGUUCGGUUUAUUUCUGAUAAUAGUAACGGAGGGCAAGGAUUUAAGAUCAAAUAUGAGGCAAAGAGUUUAGCCUGCGGGGGCAACAUCUACAUCCACGAUGCGGAUUCUGCUGGCUACCUGACCUCCCCCAACCACCCCGACAAUUAUCCUCAGCAUGCUGAUUGCAUUUGGAUCAUAGCAGCUCCUCAGGGGAGGAGCAUCAGGCUCCAGUUUGAGGAUCGAUUCAAUAUCGAAGUAUCACCCAACUGUACUUCCAGUUUCCUCGAGUUGCGGGAUGGAGUUGAUUCCAAUGCACCAGUACUUUCCAAAUUUUGUGGGAUGUCUUUGCCCAGAAGUCAGCUGUCCUCGGGAGACGUCAUGUAUUUGAGAUUUCGGUCUGACAACAGCCCUACUCAUGUGGGGUUCAAGGCCAAGUAUUCUAUAGCUCAAUGUGGAGGAACAAUAACAGGGCAAGCUGGCGUCAUUGAAAGCAUUGGCUAUCCAACACUUCCAUAUACAGACAAUUUACUCUGCGAGUGGCAUCUCCAGGGUCUCUCGGGACACUAUCUCACCAUCUCCUUUGAAGAUUUUAACCUUCAGAAUUCCUCUGGCUGCGAAAAAGACUAUGUGGAGAUCUGGGACAACCAUACCUCUGGGAAUGUCUUGGGCAAAUACUGUGGAAACACCAUUCCUGACAGCAUAGACACUUCCAGCAACGUUGCUUUGGUCAGAUUUGUCACAGAUGACUCUCUUACUGCCUCCGGAUUCAAACUGCGAUUUGAAUCCAGCAUGGAAGAGUGUGGUGGGGAUCUGCAGGGCUCUACUGGAACAUUCACUUCUCCCAACUACCCGAACCCAAAUCCUCACGGCCGGAUCUGCGAGUGGAGAAUCACCGUGCAGGAAGGAAGGCGGGUCACCCUAACGUUUAACAGCCUGAGACUGGAAGCUCGCCCAUCCUGUGACAGUGAGCAUGUGACAGUAUUCAAUGGCAUUAGAAGCGACUCGCCCCAGCUAGAGCAACUGUGCAGUAGUGUGAAUGUGAGCAACGAGAUAAAAUCUUCGGGAAACACAAUGAAAGUCAUUUUUUUCACUGAUGGAUCCAGACCAUAUGGAGGCUUUGUUGCUUCCUACGUGUCCAGUGACGAUGCAGUGUGCGGCGGGUCUCUCACAAAUGCCCCUGGAGGAAACUUCACUUCUCCUGGCUAUGAUGGAGUCAGUAAUUACUCGAGAAACCUAAACUGCGAAUGGACUCUCAGUAAUCCAAAGGAGGGAAAUUCAUCCAUUUAUAUUCAUUUUGAACAUUUUUACCUAGAAAGUCACCAAGACUGUCAAUCGGAUGUCCUUGAGUUUCGACUGGGUGACAGUGAUGGGCCCCUGAUAGGGAGAUUUUGUGGCCCUUCGGGGCCUACAGUGCCAUUGGUUAUACCUUAUCCUCAAGUAUGGAUACACUUUGUCACCAAUGAACGUGUAGAACAGGUUGGAUUCCAUGCAAAAUAUUCCUUUACAGAUUGUGGAGGAAUACAGAUAGGUGAGAAUGGAGUGAUCUCAAGCCCCAACUACCCAAACCCUUACGACAGCUUGACCCACUGUGCUUGGUUGUUGGAGGCCCCACACAGACACACCAUCACUCUCACAUUCAGUGACUUUGACAUUGAACCCCAGACAGUUUGUGCCUGGGACUCCGUCACUGUCAGGAAUGGUGGCUCUCCUGGAUCACCCAUAAUAGGACAGUACUGUGGCAACUCAAACCCCAGUGCAAUCCAGUCUGGCUCUAACCAGCUGGUGGUGAUUUUUAACUCAGACCAUUCCAUAGAAGGUGGUGGAUUUUAUGCUACAUGGAACACACAGACUUCAGGUUGUGGUGGAAUAUUUCAUUCAGAAAAUGGCACCAUCAGAUCCCCUCACUGGCCUCAGAAUUUUCCUGGAAACAGCAGAUGUUCCUGGACAGUCAUUACUCACCAAAGUAAACACUUGGAGAUCAGCUUUGACAAUAACUUCCUAAUCCCCAGUGGUGAUGGACAGUGUCAGAACAGCUUCGUGAAGGUGUGGGCAGGAACUGUGGAGGCCGACAAGGACCUGCUGGCCACGGGUUGUGGGGACGUGGCUCCUGCUACCAUCAUCACACCAGGAAGCGCAUUCACUGCUGUCUUCCAGUCUCAGGAGACCCCAGCUCAGGGCUUCUCUGCGUCCUUUGUAAGCCGAUGUGGAAGAAAUUUCACUGACCCUACAGGUUACAUCAUUUCUCCAAACUACCCAAAGCAAUACGACAACAACAUGAAUUGCACCUACAUCAUAGAGGCUGAUCCUACGUCUGUGGUCGUCUUGGUUUUUGUGUCUUUCCAUUUAGAAGCUCGCUCAGCUGUGACAGGAGGGUGUGUCAAUGACGGUGUGUACAUCAUCAGGGGUAACAGCGUGGCGGCCACCCCUUUGGCCACGGUGUGUGGUGAUGAGAUGCUGGCUUCUGUCACCACGGCUGGCCCAUUGCUGCUUAACUUCUACUCUAACGCGCAGAUCACAGACUUCGGAUUCAAGUUUUCCUAUACGAUAAACUCCUGUGGUGGUGUGUUCAAUUUCUCCUAUGGAAUCCUCAAGAGUCCUGCCUAUUCCUACGCAGACUACCCCAACGACAUGCACUGUUUGUAUACCAUCAUCGUCAGUGACAACAGAGUGAUUCAGCUCAAGUUCAAUGAUUUUGAUGUAGUUCCCUCCACCUCCUGCUCCCAGGACUACUUGGCAAUUUAUGAUGGCUCCAACACCAGUGAUCCGCUUCUUGGCAAAUUCUGUGGUUCCAGGCAUCCGCCAAAUAUUAAGAGCAGCAAUAAUACUAUGCUCCUGGCAUUCAAGACAGAUUCAUUCCAGACAGCAAGAGGCUGGAAGCUAUCUUUCCGGCAGACAUUGGGGCCUGAGCAGGGAUGCGGCGGUUAUCUGACAGGUUCCAGCAAUACCUUUGUCUCUCCUGAUGCUGAUUCGAAUGGAAGAUAUGACAAGAAUUUAAACUGUGUGUGGUUCAUAAUUGCACCUGUAAACAAACUAAUUAACCUCACCUUCAGUACAUUUGCUCUGGAGGCAGCAACUAGUAUGAGCAGAUGCGUUUAUGAUUAUGUAAAGUUAUACGAUGGGGACAGUGAAAAUGCCAACUUGGCUGGAACAUUCUGUGGCUCCACUGUACCUGCUCCUUUUAUCUCUUCUGGCAACUUCCUUACGGUUCAAUUUGUCAGUGACCUAAUUUUAGAAAGGGAAGGAUUUAAUGCGACAUACACCAUCGUGGACAUGCCCUGUGGAGGGACAUAUAAUGCCACUUGGACCCCACAAAAUAUGUCAUCAUCCAAUUCAUCCAACCCAGAUGUCUCAUUUUCCAUCUGUACUUGGGCCAUUGAAGCUCCUCUGCACCAGCAGGUCAAGAUAACCGUGUGGGCAUUACGGCUGAGCUCGCAAGACUGCGCGCAGAAUUACUUAGAGUUUCAGGACUCACCACAGAGUAAUGGAAGUCCAAGGACUCAGUUCUGUGGCGGAAAUGCUUCAGCCAUCCCCGCGUUUUAUUCUUCUACCAGUACUGCAAUUGUCAUUUUCAAAUCUGGAGUUGUAACCACAAACUCUAGAGUGAAUUUUACCUAUCAGAUUGCAGAUUGCAACAGAGACUAUAACACGGCAUUUGGCAAUCUGAGAAGUCCUGGCUGGCCGGACAAUUAUAACAAUGACAUGGACUGCACCGUCAUUCUCACAGCUCCACAGAACCACACCAUCUCCCUCUUUUUUCAUUCAUUUGCCAUCGAGAACUCAAAUGAGUGCAGACAUGAUUUCCUGGAGGUAAGAAAUGGAAGGAAUAGCGAUUCACCGCUACUCGGCAAGUACUGUGGAACUUUGCUGCCAAAUCCUGUCUUCUCUCAAAAUAAUGAACUCUACCUGCGAUUUAAGAGUGACAGUGCCAUUUCCAGUCAUGGAUAUGAGAUCAUCUGGACCUCAUCUCCCUCUGGCUGCGGUGGGACUCUGUAUGGGGACAGAGGCUCGUUCACCAGCCCUGGCUACCCGGGCACGUACCCCAACACCACGCACUGCGAGUGGACCCUCACGGCUCCUGCCGGGAGGACUGUCACCGUCAGCUUCUACUUCGUCAGCAUCGACGACCCGGGAGACUGCACCCAGAACUAUCUCACACUCUACGACGGACCCAGCGCUGACUCUCCAUCCUACGGCCCAUAUUGUGGCGCAGACACUAACAUAGCCCCCUUUGUGGCGUCCUCAAAUCGGGUCUUCAUAAAAUUUCAUGCUGAUUAUGCAGCGCGUCCGUCGGCAUUCCACUUAACUUGGGACAGCUGAGUGGGUAAUGCCCCGCGUUCACCCAGCACCUGGAGUCUGCAUCGCAAGGGACAGAACUCUGCCAUCUUUACACAAGCCCCUGCCUGUACGAGCAGAAUAAGCUGCACUUUCUUGGUUUUCACCAAAGCAUUUAUGGAACGAAUAUUUGUAAUUUUUUUUGAACGUAGAAUACAGCUUCUUUAGUCUUGACUAUGCAUGUCAUUCUUCUGUAUUUUGAGCUGAAAUUUUUAAAAGUUCCUUACAAGGUUGGAAAUGAUUAUGGCAUCUGUAAAAUACAUUUUUAAAAGUUACUGAUAAACUAGAGGUAUGAUUGUCCUUGUGAAUGUCCAAUAAGGGAAUCAUAAACAUGACUGAAUUAUACACAGUUAUGCUGCAUUCAUUUCUGACUCAUUAAGAUUUUGUCUUUCACUAUGGGAUCUAUAUAAAUUUUCAAGCUGAAUUUUUACCUUUUCAUGAAGCACAUUAUGCCAUUGUUUUCGUUUUUAAAUUUUCCUCUGUUUGCCAGUGUUUAUGUAUAAUUCACAUCAUAUGUAAUUAGAGUAUUACUGCACAAAAUAUCAGUCUACGCACCACAUUUUUAUAUUAAAAGAAUUUUUCACGUC